UCUGUGUGGAGAAGUCUCCAUAUGAUAAACGGCUGGCUGUAUGUUGUCACUUGUCUAACCAAGUCUCCCUCUGCCAGUGCAAUGACCACAGAGACCACCCCUCUCCUGCCAAGGGCAACGCCAGAUACCAUCAGCCGGCGCGACUUCGCGUUGUUGAUGAUUGGUCUGUGGAGCCUUACAUUCAUCUCUUCGCUUGAUGGUACCAUCGUCGCCACCCUCAUCAGCAACAUCGGGUCCUCGCUGGAAUCGAUGCAGCUUAGCUCGUGGAUUGGCACGGCCUACUUGCUCGCGUUAUGCGCAUUCACACCCAUCUACGGGCGCCUGACCAACAUCCUCGGUCGACGGUUCAGCUCCCUGCUCGCUUCAGUGCUGUUCGGCACAGGGACUGUCCUGUGUGGGGUGUGCCAAUCGAUGCCUCAGCUGAUUGCGUGCCGGGCCUUGGCGGGUGUUGGAGGUGCGGGCAUGACGGUCGUAGGGUCGGUCAUAGUUUCAGACGUCGUGCCGCUCAAAAGUCGGGGGCUUUACCAAGGCUUCACGAACCUCCUCUUCGGUCUUGGUGCUGGCGUCGGUGGGCCGCUCGGAGGAUGGCUCGGCGACACCAUCGGAUGGCGCGCGGCAUUCUUGUGCCAAGCUCCGGUGCUUGUUACCGGAAGCGCUCUGCUCUUCGUGAAAGUGCGCGAACCGGAAAGCGUGACAUUCGCUGGAUCCUCAUCGACCCUCGCGGAGAAGCUCAAGCGGAUUGACUAUGCGGGGACGUUUGCGCUGCUUUUCACCUUGUUAUCUUUUCUUGUCGGUCUGAACUACAAGACCACGGGCGGACACAAUUGGACGGAUGUGCGUGUGUGGAGCUGCUUGACUGCGUCAGCUAUGUUGCUUGUCGCGUUUCUCGUGAUAGAAUUCAAAUUCGCGGCUGAACCAGUUCUUCCCAUCUCUAUGCUCAAGUUGCGGACACCGGGAUUCGUUGCUCUGAACAACUUCCUCGUCGCCGUCUUGACCUUUUCCAUGAUCUACAGCAUUCCCCUUUACUUCACGGCGGCGUUCCUUCGGACGUCGACGAACGCAGGUGCUCACCUUAUCUCGAACUCGGUUGGUAUUUCCGUCGGGUCCCUUUCUGCAGGAUGGUAUAUGCGGAGAACGGGACGCUACUGGAAACUGCAACUUGUAUCGGGAUUAUCUGUCGCCUUGGCUGCUACGACCGUAGCGUUGUGGAACGACCGCACACCGGAGUGGUUCAUGUUCGUCACAUUGGCGCCGUUCGGAUACGGAUAUGCGACAAUGCUCACUACGACUCUCCUUGCGCUUAUUGCCAGUGUUCCACGCGACGACAUUCCGAUGGCCACAAGCUUGUCAUAUUUGUUCCGCACGACUGGCCAGGUGCUAGGCGUAUCUCUUUCAGCAGCCGUGACACAGACUCUGCUCGCACACCAACUGCGGGCUCAGAUAACUGGGGCACAUGCUGAUCAGAUCAUCGCGCGCAUCCUAGACUCGACGACGUAUAUACACACCCUCCCUGACGAACUGAAGAAAGCCGCCACGACAAGCUGGGCCCUCUCGCUGCACACAGUAUUCUACUGUCAAAUCGUCCUUGCUGGACUUUUACUGCUUUCUACGCUGCCGAUCCAGGAGUGGCCGUUACCGGAUAAAAUCGCAUCGACACCAGCAGCGCGACGGUCAAAUGAUGCCGAGGAGACCCCUGCUGGAGAGCAGUGAUAUGCUCUCAUGACUGAUCGACCCGUAGAGUACAUUGAUAGACCUCGUUAUGGACUGGUCCUGUCGGAUGUUUGAGGUUACCCGACGAAUGUGAAAGCGGAGGGUGUGGACAUGCUGCACUCCCGACUUCACAAUCCCGCCGAGAAACCUUUCUGUCUCUCAUUGCUGACACAAAUCCUCUUGCAUGCGCUCGUGCGUCCGUUGCCCUCCGGCUGAAAACCAUCGAUUACUCGCUAUGCACUGGGACUAAAUUUCGCUACCUGCAUCGCGCUAGUCAUAGAACGUGAGGUCAAGGUGGAACAGUAUCAGUAUUGUCUUGCAGGAGCGCCUCUCCCCUUCCCAGUUCAUUAUAGACGUUACCAUUUGAGGAUCCGCUCAAGCUCAUCAACGGCAUCUCUGCUGACAUCCUUCCACCGUGACAUCUCUUUCCGCAGCUCUUGAACCCACCCCUCAUCUGAAUCAGAGAUGAUAUCGAACCGGUCGCCAGCCCAAACACCGCGGUGGAGCUCGAUGGAAUCGUCCCGACCCAUCGAUACGGAGGAAGUCGAGGACAAGCAUAUACGCUCGAGGACAAUGUGACCCAGAGACAAGAAAUAGCACAUCUGUGGGCGAGAGUUCCGAUACUUGUCUUUCAUCUUGAACAGCUCGAUUUCGCGGACAUACUCGUGUUUGGUGAGGUUUCGAAGAAUGUGAUUAGUGGAGCCAGCGGUCGAAACGACCACGAUGUCGCCGCACCGGAAAGACUCCAGCAAACGACACAACGUCGACGCAUGGAGAUAAUCAAGCUGACAGUUGCGCUUGCGGGCCUUGAUACGCAGCUCAACAUCGAGAUACAUUUUACGGUGCAAUGGAAGGGCGAAGUUGGCGAAUCCGUUUUCCCAUACACUGUCAUGGUCAUGCCCAUCUGUGAUGCCGAAAUACUGUGUUCUCUCUUCCGAAGAAAGGAUGGAGUCGGGGAUAUCAUUGUGGGCGAGUUCGCUUCCGAAGCAAACCAAUCGAUGUCCACUCCAGUAAAGGCGGCUGCAGAGGCGCUUCAUACGCUCGUGUAGCAAGGGCCGACACAGAUCCCAAACGUGUUGGCACGUCAUAGCGAAGAAAAUGAGUUCCCCAUUGUCAAGGUCCUCGCAUAUCAGGCUGAAGAGCUCGAUGGGCAGACCGUGCAGCAAAAUACACUCGGAGCUGGCGAGGACUUGGAUGAGACAAGAGCAAGUGAGUGACACAACACAAUACGUACCUUUGCUCGACUCUCAUUGGACAGAGCCAUGUGUGUUUACCACGUUCCAAGUUGAGCGAAAAAAUGCCGCUUAUUCGAUUUCCAAAUGCAAUGGAACCUGGCUUGCACAUCCCCACCACUGAAUCCAAUUCGCGGUAUUGAGGGCGGCGAAUCCUCUCUACUAGCCUAUGCGAAACGCUUCCAUCGAAAAAGCAGUCUCCUAGCUUGCUUAGUUCUUCACAUGUUUCUUGAGUAAGGUUCACGACUUUCCAGGAUUGACCCAUGAGUAGUAUCACUCCCAGGUUGGGACAAGCCUACAAGGUAAUGAAUAGGACGCAACACGGAUGUUUGGUCGUGUUAUUGAAAUUAGCCCUUCGAGUUCUCCAAUCGGACUCAAGAGUCAGUACUCAUUGACCUGGAUAAUGCGUCCAUGGGGAUUGAGACAAAAAUGAGCGUCAUAGAAGUUGGUCUUACAAUCUCCUGAUCACACUGAUAUAAGUUCACUCCAGACACGCCCAUACGAAGAUGCGCUCGAGCUCAUCAACCGUGUCUCUGCUGACAUCCUUCCACCGUGACGUCUCCUGCUGCAGCUCUUUCACCCACUCCUCAUCUGAAUCAGGAAUGAUGUCAAACCGGUCGCCAGCCCAAAUGCCGCGGCGGAAGUCGAUGGAAUCAUCCCGACCCAUGGAAGUGCAGGGAUCCGAGGACCAGCAGAUGUGCGCAAAGACGAUAUGGCCAAGGGUCAAAAAAUCGUGGAUGCUCGGUUUCGCGGACGUACUGGUGUUUGGUGAGGUUUCGGAGAAUGCGGCUGGGGGAGGCAGUAGCGGAGUGGACCACGAUCUUGUUGUACAGAAUGAUGGGAAGCGAAGGACAGAGCGUCUGGGCAUGGCAAAAUUCGGGAUGGCAGUUUCGCUCGCAGACCUCGCUGAGUAGCUCAG